GGGCUUUUUUGAAGACAAAGAGAAAGAGAAUAACGAAAAUGUUUGUGUAAAGGCGCCUCUAAAUCCUGUGUAUGGCGCGUCCUCGGCCGUCCGGGACCGGGGAGAGGUCGCGUGGACCCCCGCCAUCUCGUGCAGUUCCCCGCAAUCACCGAUGUCUGGGUCGCCGUCCACCGCAGCCGCCGCGUCGUUCACCGCCGCUGAGUCGCUGCCUUCUCUGAUGACUGGGUCGUCCUCCACCGCCGCCGCCGAGCCUCCGACCGUGUCGAUGAACGGGGCGAAGUCCUCCGCCGAGCCGCCGACCGCAGGAGCACAGAUGGCCUCAGCAACAGCAACCUAUGGACAGAAGGAGUCCUCAGACCAGAACUUUGACUAUAUGUUUAAGAUCCUCAUCAUUGGCAACAGCAGCGUGGGUAAAACGUCCUUCUUGUUCCGUUACGCCGACGACUCCUACACACCAGCCUUCGUCAGCACGGUGGGCAUCGACUUCAAGGUGAAGACCAUCUACAGGAACGAUAAAAGGAUCAAACUACAGAUCUGGGACACGGCGGGUCAGGAGCGUUAUCGCACCAUCACUACAGCGUACUACAGAGGAGCCAUGGGUUUUAUCCUCAUGUAUGACAUCACCAACGAGGACUCCUUCAACGCCGUCCAGGACUGGUCCACACAGAUUAAGACAUACUCGUGGGACAAUGCCCAGGUGCUGCUAGUAGGAAAUAAAUGUGACAUGGAAGACGAGCGCACGGUGAGUGGAGACAGAGGACGGCAGCUUUCUGAAAACCUCGGUUUCGAGUUCUUCGAGGCCAGCGCCAAAGACAACAUCAACGUGAAGCAGACCUUUGAGCGCCUGGUCGACGUUAUAUGCGAAAAGAUGUCCGAGAGCCUGGAUGCUGGCGAUCCCGCCGUCACAGGGGCCAAGCAGGGGCCUCAGCUGACUGAGCAGCCUGCUCCGCCUCACCAGGACUGUGCAUGUUAAAGAUCCCAGCUCUCCUCCUUCACCCUUCCAAGUGGGUACAUUCUCCAUCGCCUUUUCCUUCUUUCUUCCAAAGAACCGGCCUGUGAAAAAGUCUGAAAUUUGCCGAGACCAGCUCUUCAGGUGCGCUUGUUCUCCUUAUUUCAGAUUCUUUGCAACCUCUGGUUCUUCAGGGUUCCCAUCCCAUCUUUUAUUGUUUCCAUGGGUGUAUUUAUAAGUAGGAUUUGACGGCCAUUUCAAUCCACCUGAUGUUUACAGUACCUUGUUUUUUUUUUAUAUGAUUUGAAUCAUGCGAACAAGACGUCAACAGUGGAGUUACUGAGUAGUUUGGUAUCGAUCCGAUACCAAGUAGAUACAGGGCCAGUAUUGCCAAUACUGAUACCGUUACUUUCUCCUGAAAUUGUUCAAGAUCAUUGAAUGAUUUUUUUUCUUUAUUUUUGCCUUUAUUUAUUUUUUUGAUCAGAAUAAAACACCGAAAAUCUUAUCAACAAACUUAUUUGUGAACAAUGAAAAAAUAGAAAUCCAAUAAAAUUAGAAAAUAAUCAACAAAAUAGUACAAAUAUGCCGUCAGGCAUGCAAUUUUUUUUCGCAAAAUGACACAACAAAAGCAAAACCUGCAUUUGGCUCUCAUUUAGACUUCUUGAAUUAUACAACAAUAUCAAAAAUUUAACAAACACAACAACAAAACAAAGAUAUUUUCGUAAAAUAAGCGUAGAAGAGAAGUGAAAAUAUUCAAUGUCAUCAGUACACUGCAAAAAGUCAGUGUUCAAAAACAAGAACAAAAAUUACAAAAAUUAGGGGUAUUUUAUUUGAACUAAGCAAAAGUAUCUGCCAAUAGAACAAGAACAUUUGGCUUGUCAAGACUUUGAAAUUAGCUAACCUCAAUGAACCCAAAAAUACCUUAAAAUAAGUAUAUUCUCACUAAUAACAACUGUACUACUAUAUGAGUACGUAUUUUCUAUUGUUUCAUUGACAAUAAAACAGCAAAGUCAAUUUGGCUGUCAUCUGUUUUAAUUAUGAGACACAAUUGUGUCAAAGUCAUGAUUAUUUUUUUCAUGCUUGAAAUAAGAAAUUAUUACUUUUAAAAAAGUAGUUUUAUACUUGUGAGUGUUGAUGACACAGCUUUGCAACAGUUGAUAUUCUAGUUUCAAGCAUGUUUUACUCAAUAUAGGUCGUAAAAUCUCAGCAACAAGCUGUAAUAUCUUACUGAGAUCAUUUAGGACCAAAACCCUUAAAACAAGUAAAACACUCUAACAUAAAAUCUGCUUAGUGAGAAGAAUUAUCUUAUCAGACAGAAAAUAAGCAAAUAUCACCCUUAUUUGAGAUAUUUAAUCUUACUUAGAUUUCAGUUUUUGCAGUGUAGGGGUGUCCCGGAACAAUUUUUUCACUUCCGAUACAAUAUCGAUAUCGGGGCCUUUUGGUAUUGGCUGAUACCGAUAUUAAUCCAAUGCGAUAUCAGCACAAAUCAUACACUCUUGUAUCGUUUUGUAGUGUUGAAUGUUGGGAAAAGGCUUGGUUUAGUGAAAUGACUCAAAGAGACAACAAUGUUACGCAUGAAACAAAUUAAGUUAAGCUCAGUGAAUUAAAAGACGCGGACACGGCUGUUACUGGAUUCUUUUUAACACGCUUCUGCUCUAGAGACUUCGUAUCUGUAAGUAAUAUGCAACCCUAAUUAUUUGAUCCUUGUUUAUAUUGUUUUAGACUGCAGUGUUGUUCAUUUAAGGACACGUAUUACAUAUGUCUAGCUUGUGUGCUAUUGUGUGCUUAGCUGUUGUGUAGCUCCUAGCAGCCUAUAUCCUACCAUGUUCACCUUUUGUAAAUGACUCUAAAGUAAACGCUCUGCAGGACUGCUUGUAUUAAAGCGAUUAUAUGGGACCUUUUUGAUGCAAAACAGUAUGAUCCGAUUCUUGUGUUUUUGCUGAUAUCAGAUAGCCUGAUAUUGGAUCGGGACACCCCUUGGUACUGAUACUGUGUAUAUUUGAAUCGAUACAUGGCAAGAAUGAACCAUCCAGCAUAACCCAUUAUGAUAUUAUCAGGUCUAAAUACACAUCUCACAUUGAUACUGAAGUUUCAAUAUUAUUUAGGCUUUUUUAGUCUUAAUUUUGUUUCGUAAUCUGUUAUCGCUUUUAGCUGUUUGCUGCAUUGAGCACCGGGUGGAAACCUUUCGGACAAGAUAAAACAGAUGCAAAAAUACCAUUUCAGUUGUAUGUAUAAAUACUGUGCGAUACAUGAUCUAUACAGGUAUGCAUUUCUGGAAAUAAACUUUGAAGGGGUGUUAUUGAUGUGUUAUAUAUUUAUGAGGUCUUUGUUGUGAGGUUUGUGUGCAAAUGUUUGGCGACUCCUCACCUCGUGUCCUUGUCGGUUUUGCUGAGAUGUUGAGAAAUGGCAGAUUCCGUGUUUUGAAGAAGAAAAAGAUGAAAAAAAAGAUCUUUCAGUCUGUAAGAAAUCCAUAUAAGCCCUGCUGCUAUUAAAUCUGCUUUUUGACAAUUUCAUACAUUUGAUGACAUACUGGAUUAUUGUUGUUCUUAUUUGCUAAAAAGAAAUAAUCAUCAAAACUAUUAAGAAAUGAAGAAAUAUAUUCAUCAGAUAUUGGACUCUGUGUGUAAAUGUCAUAUUAUUCAGACUUGACUGACCAUCAUCGAGUCACUUUUGAAUGUUCUUUUUUCUUGUCAUUUUCAAUGUUUUAAAUUGUAAAUUUCUGCUUUAUUUAUGUACUCAUUUUCUCUUUUGGGGCCACAAGGGCAAUUUGUAUUAUAGGGGCGCCACAAGGAUUCAUAUUUUAUUGUGCUUAUUUACAAAUCAGGUCAGGAUCUACAGCAGGGGUGGGCAAUUAAUUUUUACCGGGGGCCGCAUGAGCAACCCGAGCACUGCUGGAGGGCCACAUCGACAAUAUUUCAAUUAAAUUUUGCUCAAUAUUAUUUUUGAUAUAUACCGUAAGAUAAAUAAUAAUAAUAAUAAUAAUAAUAAUAAUAAUAAUAAUAAUAAUAAUAAUAAUUAAUAAUAAUAGUAAUACUUCAACAUAGUGUGUGUAACAGCAUUCCAUGACUAAUAUAAAUAAAUUAACAUUAAUAAUAAAUGACAGUAAAAUAAGCACACGUAUGACUGAGGAGUCAUAGUGUAACUUUGUGUGGCCAGGUCUGAUCUACAGUAUGUGUUGGCUGGGCGCCCUCUACAGGUGGCACUACUCCAUGAAUUUGAAUAAACCAAAUUUAGAGAGAGUAAAUAGAAGGUUAAAUUACCAUAGACAUUCCUUAUAACAUUUGAACAAUUUAGUUGUUAAUAUUGUAUAAUGUGGAAUCUUAGGCCAAAAGUCUCAAACAUAUAGUGCAACAAUGUUAGAUAACGUUAAUGACCGAUUAAUGAGUUGAUAUUAGUUAGUGUAGCCUUGAUGUGUUAAUGGUGGGCGAUGCUGAUUGAAUGUUACCAUGAAUUGAUUAAUGUGGACCCCCCGACUUAAACAAGUUGAAAAACGUAUUCGGGUGUUACCAUUUAGUGGUCAAUUGUACGGAAUAUGUACUGUACUGUGCAAUCUACUAAUAAAAGUCUCAAUCAAUCAAUCAAACCAAAGCGUCACAGGGAAAAAAGAGAAGAAGAAGAAAAAUGGGCCAAAUGUGAAGCCACGGCUCAAUAGCUGUGUCCCAAUUCAGGGUCUGCAUCCUUCGAAGGGCGAAUUUGAAGGCCGCUUACGUCACAACGCUGCGCGAAGGCUGUCCCAAUUCAUUCAAAUUGGAAGGCUCCGACGAAUGCGCCCUCCUUUUCCCUGUAUAUGCACCGCGACUAUCCUUCGUGGCCUCCCAUAUCCCAAGAUGCUUUGCGCGCCUUUGCAGGCUAGACUGUCCCAUUUAACAACGGGUGACGCAUCCUUCGGAGGUGCCUCCGAAGGUCCAGCCUUCUGAGGCUGCGUAGGCCGGGUCCUCCGAAGGAUGCAGACCCUGAAUUGGGAGACAGUUUAUGUCAUCCCUUGUUGUGAUUCCACUAUAUACAUAUUGAUUGAAGGUUUUGUAAAAGUCACUUUUUUGAUUAUAUUAAAUUAAAAUAUUAAAUUGAUUCAAACUAAAUAACUUUGUUGGAGCAACUUAAAAUAAUACAGAAAAUCAACUCAAUAUUUUCUGAUAUUCUAAUUUAAACUUUUGCUUUACUGUAAGGCAAUGUAACGGUCCCCGAUCUUCUAAAACAUAACAUCAUUUAGGUUUGUUAAUCCCGGACCAGCCCCCAAUUGUACUGUAAAGUUCAAAUUUGAAUGACAAUAAAAAGGAAGUCUAAGUCUAAGUCUAAUUAUGUAAAAGGAGCGUGUAACAUAAAAGACGAACACUUUGAACUUACUUGUUUUUCAGUGAACCGUUUAUUUAGCACAUAUAGAAUAUUACACUCGAUGUUUUCACUAAUAAAGCGAGUCGUGGGGAAGCAGCAGUGGACACGGCGAUCAGCUGGAGUGAGAGCGAGAGAGUGAGAUUCUAGCUUCACCACUCGGCUUUAUCUCCUGGGCUACGCUCAGUUGUCCAAUCAGGGCCUAUCAACCAGGGGUGCCCAAACUUUUUAAAUCGGGGGCCACAUUGGAUUAAAAGAAUUUGGUACAUAAUAUAUGUGUAUAUAUUUAUAUAUAUAUACACAUUCAUGUAUAUGUAUGUAUGUAUAUACAGUAUAUAUACUGUAUAUAUAUAUAUAUAUAUAUAUAUAUAUAUAUAUAUAUAUAUAUAUAUAUAUAUAUAUAUAUAUAUAUAUAUAUAUAUAUAUAUAUAUAUAUAUAUAUAUAAAAUCGUCUGUUUGAUUUUUCUCUUGUCCUACGCUUGUCUCACAAUUUCCCCCUCUGUCUGUGUUUCUUCUUUCUAUCUCAUCACUAAAUAUAUCCAAACAUUUGAUAAAGUCAAAUACAAAAAAGGCACUGAGAGAAGUAUCCCACACUUCUAGUUUGUCAAGUAAAUCUGUACAGCACAUAUGGGCAUCUACAUCAACAGUAGGAUUUGCCUUAGCGGCUGGACAGGACAAAUAAAAAAAAUUAUAAUAAUUUUCUUUUUAACUUGGGAUGUCCUACAGGCCAGAACCGGUCCACGGGCCGCAGUUUGGGGACCCCUGCUUUAAACAAUAAGGGAAAAUAGCCAGUCAAUGAAACACAUGAUAGGGUGUAUUUGCAUUGUACAUAACAGCUAAAAAUGUAUAGGAAAACAUAAUAUUUUCUGAUAUUUUUAAUUAGAUUGUUGUUUUACAGUAAGGCAAAAUCAUAUAGAAAAAAUACUUAAUAUUUCCUGAUAUUCUGAUUCUGACUCUAAAGCAAUAAAAAAAAUUUAAAUGUGUUAAAUUUCACAAUAUGUUUGUUAUUUAAUAUAUUGCUUAACUCUGAGUUAAAAUAAUGGUUUGCAACAAGAUACGUAUUACAAAAUACCUUUGCUUUUACUAGUCAGUGCUAUAUCUGAUUUAUUUUAAAAUCUUUUUUUAAAGUUUACCUUUUUAUGCAAAAUCCAACUAAAUUUUCACAAGACUAGUCUGGAUGGUGAGGCAAAGCAUGCAAAAAAGAUUUGAUUAAAAAUAUUAUUGCUUCAAUUUCUCCAUCCUCUCUAUUUCGGGGGCCCUAAAGUUGUCGUUCCAACAUCAAAGAGAUGAUUUUGGAUCAUGCUCGGUUUCUUUUCUGAACUGUUAAAAUGCUUCUUCUAGCUAAUGUCUUCCAUAAAAGAACCGCAUAUGUAAAAAAAAAAAAAAAAGUUUUGAUUGACUCGGGCUUGAAAAAACCCCAAGAACAAAUAAGGGAAAUAAAAAUGCUGGUAACAACAAAAAAGACAUGUUGCAGUUUACCUGCAUUGUACGAAUGUGUCACUCGGGGACAAAGCAAUACAGAACCUACACAAAUAGAACUGGGGGUUGCUGACUUAACACCUAUACGAGAGUGCAAAAACAUGCAACUGAUUUUCUCUUUGUCUCACUGCCUCAUCAUCAAACCCUUUUUAUGUUUGGGCCGAUAAGGUGAAAGAAUAUGCUGUGCGUCUUUUUAUCUGUACUUUGUGGUAAAACAAUAAAAGCAUUGCUAACAGACCGGCUUUUGUUUAGGACUUUGUGCGUGUUGUGUGUGGGUUUACUCCUGGUACUCGUUUCAUCACACACUUUUAAAAACAUGUUAGGUUCAUUGGAGACUCGGUUUAAAUAGGUUGUAGUAGGACAAGUGACUUUUGAACGGAAGUGGUGGGCCACCAAACCAACAUGGCUACUGUGCAGCAAAUGAGAAUGCAGACUAGAUCUCGCCUUUAAAAACAAGCAAAAAAUACAAACUAUGCAAUAGAAUUCCACCAACAUUAGAAUUUUUAAAUAUUGGCUGCAAUAUGAAGCAUUUGAUCCUCCUCCGUUAUGACUGGUUAUGGAGGCUAACUCAACUAAACCAGUAUCUCUUAGGGCUCUGGUUCAUGCUCCCAUCCACACUUUUACAAAACAUCCAAUCAUAAAAACCUAAUUGAGAAUUUGGGUUCAGUUCAAGCGGUAUUUUGGUUUACAGACUAUUUCUAGUCUUGCACCCAUCACUGCUAAUCAUGCUUACCCUCCCUCUCUUGUUGAACCUGCCUCUUUUAAGAUGGUUACCAUGAAUUGAUUAUGUGGACCCCGACUUAAACAAGUUGAAAAACGUAUUCGGGUGUUACCAUUUAGUGGUCAAUUGUGCGGAAUAUGUACUGAACUGUGCAAUCUACUAAUAAAAGUUUCAAUCAAUCAAUCAAGCAAUGGUCAAGUCUGGGGAUCAACAACAUUAAAGAUGUAUACAUGGACAAGACUUCCGCCUCUUUCCAGCAACUUUGUGAUAAAUGUAUUGUUCACUCC